UUGUAAUUAGUUUGGUAUUUUUAUAGAAUUCGUCGUCUGGCCACACUGUGCCAGGAAAACGAAGAUUUUGUAUGGCGAAAUUACGCGAAUAGUUUUCGCUAUUACGCUUCUGUUUACCUGCCUUUGAGCUUCCCGAUCCCUGCCAGCAGGCAGAAGACUCCUGUUCAAAAAAGACCAAUGCAAUUAAGUGGUUUAAGACGGCUAAAACCCGGUAUUGUUUACUUUAAAAUCGGCCCGCGCUUUUUUGUUGGUGCUAGAUAAACAUACGAAAUGGAGCGGAGUCGAAAUGGUCGGAUUCGCAGAGCGCCUUCUUCUGGAUCCGAUAGCGACGACACCUCAACUGCAGCUCCGAGGCGCAAGAAGAGCCGGAAAGGUAGAACCGAUAAUCAGGAGGAGGAUGGCUUGGAGGAAGCGUCUACCUCGCAGACAGCGAUUUCAAAGGCGCGUAACUCUGGUCCAAAAAAGUCGCAGAAUGUCUCUACUAUGAAUCUUACGUCGGAGAUGUCCAUACCGAACGCUUUCAAUCGCUGCGGCAAAGUCAUUUCCAUGCGCCUCACGAACUUCAUGUGUCACUCCAAUCUGUUAAUCGAGUUUGGCCCAAAUAUUAACUUCCUGGUGGGCAAUAAUGGCAGCGGCAAGAGCGCUGUGAUCACGGCUUUGGCGUUGGGACUGACCAGCAGCGCUCGGGUGACCAGCCGGGCUAGCAGCAUACAGAAGCUAAUUAAGAAUGGAGAGGCAAGCGCCAGCAUUUCCAUAACUCUGUCGAAUACGGGAUUGCGGCCCUUCAAAUCGGAUUUUGGGCCGCAUCUUACUGUGGUGCGCCACAUCCGGCACUCAUCGUCAGCCUAUGACCUCCUAGAUGCUCGCGGCCGAAGUGUUUCUAAGAAAGUGGGCGAAAUCCGUCGGAUACUGCUCUGUUUCGGCAUUAACGUGGAGAAUCCCAUAUUUGUAUUGAAUCAGGAGGCGGCGCGAGAGUUCCUGAAAGAUUUGGAGCCGGAAUCUAAUUACAAACUUCUGAUGAAGGCAACACAACUCGAUGUUUGUGGGAUUAGCUUGUUUCAAUGUCAUGAUCAGCGACGUCACUUCAGCCAAGACCUGGAACACUUGACAAAAAAAAGGGAAGUCGUGGAGAAACAAGUGGAGGCAGUAGAGGAAAAGCUUUCAAUACUCAAGGAUAAGGAAGUCGUUAAGGUUAAACUGGAGAAAUCUAAGGUUAUGUUGGCCUGGUUGGCUGUAACGCGUUCUCAGAAAGAGCUCGACCAGCUGGAGCACUCGAUUAGCCUGAUAGAAGACAAGAAGGCCAAGCUAGAGCAAACCACAUCCAAAAAGGAGACCACCCAAGCCACGCUCACUCAGAAACUUAGCCAAUUUGAGUCGACUAAAAAUGUAAUCUUAGAUUCAUACAAGGCCCAAGAAGUGAAGGUUAGAACGGCCAAAAAGGCAGUGCAAGAUCUCCUAGUGAAGAUCAGUUCUGUGAAAGCCCAACUUGAUAAUGCACAGCGAAGAAUGAGGGAGGAGCAGCACACUUACGCUGCCUGCGAAAAGCACAUUGGAAGCUACCAUGCCGACUUUAAUCGGGUGAAGGAGCAGAGGGAGGAGCACGCCAAGCAGAUGGAGGCUCUGAAGAAACAAGUGGCUGAAAGUGACGAGCUCAUCGCCCGUUUGCGGGAAGAGCAGCAACAGAUGAAGCGCGAACUAACAGCCGUUCAGGAGCGCACCGAUUCUGUGAAGCUUGAGAGAGCCCAGCUGCAUAAAUCGAAACAGAGCAUGCAAUGGGAAAUUGAGACGCUAUCCCGAAACAAAUCCAACACUUUGUCCGUGUACGGUGAGCAAGCGAUUCAAGUGGUUCAUGCGUUGCGCACUCAGUAUGCCGGCGGCAACAUGCAUAGGAUGCCGCGCGGUCCGCUGGGCCAGUACAUCAGUGCACCCAAUCCCAAGUACCGCGAUCUCGUCGAGAACCAGCUGCUCUCUUGCCUGCGCUCAUACAUCGUCAGUUCGGACAAAGAGCGUCAGUCGUUGCGGGCUCUACUGCAAAACAAGUACCCCAAUGGAAAUGUACCCACGAUUAUCACCAGUUCGUUCACAGAUCGCGUUUACGAUGUGUCCAGGCACAAGGUGCGGCCAACCACACCGAAUACAACAGUGCUGAUAGAUGAAAUCAGCUGUGAUGAUCCGGUAGUGAUGAACUACCUCAUCGACAUAUUGCGCAUUGAAACAGUCCUUGUGACCGAGUCUAAGGAGAUUGCAGAGUUUCUCACCUCGGAUACUGAGAAUGUACCUCCCAAUCUGACGAGGGUAUUGGUACCAAACCUGGGACUUGAGUACAUACCAUCGCCCAACUAUGCCGUCUACUCCAAUAAAAUAAAUCCGGCGAGAUUUAUUCAUGUGAAUGUCGAUGAUCGUAUCCGCCAGAUCCACAUGGAGCAGGAUGCCAUUAGGGAGAAAGAGGCGUCUAUAGAAGAAAAUUAUAGGCAGCAGAAACGGAUAUUAGAGAAAACUAACCAAGAGAUUUCAAAGAUAAGUGUUUCAAUUGGCAAGCAUCAGUUGAGGAAUAAUCGGGCGAUGCAGCAGAAAAUUGAGUUGGAAAACUAUGACUACCCAGAGCUACCGGAAUAUGACCGACUGAAAACACAUUUAAGCGACAGCGGCGAGAAGAUUGAAAAGUGCAGGGAAGAAAGCGAGGCGCUACAGCGAAAACUGGAAGAGAUCAACGAACGAAAGGAACAAUUUAGCAGAGAAGAGGCUAAUGAGACGCAGGCCCUUGAGCACAUCAAUCAAAAGCUUUCCACCGUUGACACUGAGUUUCAGGAAGUGGCGUGUAAGAUUCGUAGCCUCGAUCUGCACUUUGAGGAAAACACUCGAUGUCUGGAGAAAACGUUGCAGGUGGAGAAGAAAAUGCUCGAUUUGAAGGCGACAACGGUGGCAGAGUUGGAGAAGGCUCGCGCCGCGGCUGAGAAAUUGGGCGAAUUCAUAGCUACGACGCAGUCGGAGGAGAGCAUCCGCGAGUCGAUAAGUCGUUACAAAUCAAAGAUCAAACAGGUGGAACAGCUCAACUACAACGUUGAGGAGGUGGAAAGUGAGUUGUCCGUGCUGAGGGAUAAUCUAGGGCAACAGGCCAAUCAGUUAAAAGUGGUGGAAUCGGUGAUGCAGAAGUUGCGCAUUGCGUACCAUCAGCGGGCGCAGCAGUUCCAGAAAUCGCGCCAUCACUUCUUUACCAUGGUUCAGUUUCAAUUUGAGCAAGCGUUGUCAAUGCGCAAGUUUAAAGUGAGCUUCGAUACCAAUGACAGAGACAGGACGUGGAAGAUUAAUGUCUUUCCGCCCAGUGGAAAUGAAACAUCAAAUACCAGAAGCUUGUCCGGCGGUGAACGAUCGUUUACCACAGUUUCGUUGCUGAAAGGACUUUGGAGCACCUCAGAUCAUCCGUUCUACUUUCUGGACGAAUACGACGUAUUUACGGAUGAAGUAAACCGAAAGUUUAUUACGGAAAUCCUCAUCGACGAGGGAAAGCAGUGCCAGAACCGUCAGUUUUGUUUCCUCACGCCCCAGGACACUGAGGUCAAGGCCAGCAACUUCAUUACGGUGCACAAGUUGGAGGCUCCCGAUCGAUAAAAUAUAAAAAUCAAAAUGUUGCAGGCCGACAACAAAGUUUGAGUAUCAAGAAAUGUAUACAAAUGUACAAUUAUCUUUAAUUUAAGCUGAUUUAUCUCGGCUAAACAAACCACAUACAUAAAACAUAAGCGCAAAGUUGUUCCAUAGAUUAAGAUUGUUGUUAAGAUUAAAUUAAAGUAACGUAUUUUAUUGUGA